AUUACGAUUGUUUGACAAAUAAAAGGACAUGGAAAAGAAAGAAAAAAAAUGGUUCCGUGACGCAUUUUCCGUCUGAACUUGCGGUGUCUCUGUCAUUCAAGCGGUACAGUUGGUGAAAAACGGUUGACUAACCUAACCCACCACCAUCAUUUGAAGUCACUGCAACCAAAAUUUUCAUCUCUCAAUUCACAUUGUUCUUCUUCUGUAAAUUUUUCUCUUCUGAUUGAGCCUAAAGAAAAGCUCCUUUGUUUCUUAAGCGAUGGAGAGGAAGCAUGAACCUGCUCCUCCUCCAUCAACCGAGAUCCAAAUCGGGGUCAAUUCAAGGAGAGGAAACAGCAACGUGGUACAUCCAGUAGAAGUAGAUACACCUCGAGUGCUAUCGUCUCCAAGUCCAGUUAUAUACACUGAAGUUAAGCAUUUUAAGAAAUGGGUUCCUUGGAUAAUACCUACUUUUGUAAUUGCCAAUAUCGCUAUGUUCAUUAUUACUAUGUAUGUUAAUGAUUGUCCCAAAAAUUCUGUCUCUUGUAUUGCUCGUUUUCUGGGUAGGCUCUCCUUUCAGCCCUUCAAGGAGAACCCGCUUCUUGGCCCUUCUUCGACCACAUUGCAGAAAAUGGGGGCCUUAGAUGUGAAAAAAGUGGUUGAUCGGCACCAGGGAUGGCGCCUUGUCACUUGCAAUUGGUUACAUGGAGGGGUUUUUCAUUUGCUGGCAAAUAUGUUGUCUCUCUUAGUUAUUGGCGUUCGGCUUGAGCAGGAAUUUGGAUUUGUUAAAAUUGGAUUGCUAUAUGUCAUAUCUGGAUUUGGUGGGAGUUUGUUGUCAGCCCUUUUCAUCCAAUUAAAUAUAUCUGUUGGUGCUUCUGGUGCCCUUUUUGGGCUGCUUGGGGGCAUGCUAUCAGAACUCAUCACUAAUUGGUCAAUAUAUUCUAAUAAGGUAGCAGCUUUCACUACACUCCUGGUCAUCAUUGUGAUUAAUUUAGCAGUGGGGAUUCUACCACAUGUUGACAACUUUGCCCAUAUUGGAGGAUUUCUUUCUGGUUUCUUUCUUGGGUUUGUAUUUCUGAUCCGCCCACAGUUUGGAUGGGUUAGCCAAAGAUACACUCCUCAUGGAUAUACUCCAGCAUCAGCUAAAUCUAAAUUCAAGACAUAUCAGUGCAUAUUGUGGAUAAUUUCUCUUGUCAUCAUCAUUGUUGGGUUUACUAUUGGACUGAUAAUGCUUCUCCGGGGAGUUGAUGCGAAUGACCAUUGUUCAUGGUGUCAUUAUUUGUCUUGUAUACCUACUGCAAGGUGGAGCUGCAACACUGAGCCUGCUUCCUGCUUGUCUUCUCAGAUGGGCAAUCAGCUAAAUUUGACAUGCACAACCAAUGGAAAAUCCAGCUUCUACAUAUUGUCAGGUGACACGAAUUCUCAGAUCCAGGGACUGUGUACUCAGCUCUGCCGUUGAUUUUUGUAAAUAAUGACGUGGAUGGACGUGCUGUUCCUUGAUUUCUUGUGUAAUUAUUACAGCAUCGUCAUAAUUUUGGAGUAUUUGAUCUUUUUAUUUCUUCUACAUGCAUGGCUGACUUCAGGAUGCCAUCCAAGUCCACCAGUUGUUCCUGCUCUUGAUCUCAAGUGAUUCUGAUAAUUCCUUU